AUGGACAUCCAGCUUGAGAACAGAAGCGGCCGGAAGAGGAACCGCACUGCUUCGGCAGACCCGAGCUCGUCGUCGCCUGACACAAACGACGCGACCACUGAGAGGAGUGAAACCCUCGACGAUGACAAUGAUGGCCAGGGACAACAGCAGCAGCAACAGCCGCCGCCGCCACAAGAGACCGGGCCAAGUCAAUUGCCCUCGCCUGACCAAACACCCAAACGGGCGAAGAGAGUCCGUUUCUCAGAGCCAGUCCUUGCCAUACCUAGUCGGAGUGGGUCUCUUAGCGGAGCGACAGGUCUUACUCCGACGUUUAUGCGCACGUCUAUAGAUGCAGGCCAAUCUCAAGAAAAUGAAGAAGAAGAAGAAGAAGAAGAAUCUCAAACACCUUCCCGUCGUAAUCGGCGGAGAUCGGCUCCUUCAACAGUUCCCGGGACCACUUUGAUAGACCCUGUACGGACGAAUCCCACCCACGUGCAAUACUAUCCCAUGAGACAGAUUUUGGACGGGAGAGUAGCACGCAGACUUUGGCGCAGCGGCCUCAGCGAGGAACAGAAUGCUAUAGAGAGGGAAAAGAAAGACGAGAAGAAAAGUUUGCAGAAGGCACGCGCGCAAAUCGAAGCAUUGGAAAGAAAGGUGGAAUUCUAUGAAUCGGCUCAAGCCAAUACUAAUGAUAUUUCCGACAACUUUGACACCAUUUUAGUCGGAGACGAUAGUACGGUGGAUGACUCCGUCUUUGUCUCAGAAUCCCCGGUUCUAAAUAACCGACACCGCGAAGAAGAGCAAAGAGGAACAGAACCCCCAGGUUUAGAUCAUGUGGAGGCCUCGCCGCCAACAACGUCUCCUAAAACUCCAACAGCAGAUUCUUCCGUCCAAGUUGACAUACAGGAGGAGGAUUGUUUUGCCUCUGAGGAACACCAGCUCAUGUCGGCGGAGCUAUCAGCAGCCAGAAAAGAAAAACAAGAUCUCUUUAACGAAUGGCGUAAAUUGAAAACAGGACAAAGCGAGUUAGAACCUAAUGUGACGCCAAAUGAGUCCCCUGACUCACCUCCACCGGACUUCAUGAAGCAAAUCGUGCCCGCCAUGGCGUCUGCAAUACAGCGAGCAUCAAGUGCAGAUCAAGCUCUAGAGAUGGUCCGUGGCCAACUCUCCAAUAUGGGGUUCUCGGGUGCCAAUGUUGAUGAAUUACUCUCACAGCUGCGUGAAAGCAUCCGCUCUGCACGCCUGGAACUCGAGUCCGUCCUUCCUGGAGAGACGCCGGCGGGUCUCAUAGACGGCAAAUCCACCUUCGAAGCGUUGGUCAAGAUAUUGAAACAGUCCUCCGGUGCUUUGCUUACAGAACGCAAACAUACAAAGUGGCUAUCUGAUUGCAACAAGGCACUGAAGAAUCAGUUUGACAAAACCCUUGAAACACUUGAAUCUGAAAGGCUGCGAGGGAAAAGGUACGAAGAGUAUACUGAUGCAUCGGCUGAAGAUAUGCUUCACGUUCGAAUGCGCAUUCAGGAACUUGAGGCCGAGCUGGCUGAACAAGCAAUUACCAUUGAGAGACAGAAUCAGGCACUAAAGCAUUAUUACGAGGAAGGCAAAAACUUUGAAGCAAUCAUCGAGAAAUUGGAAGACGAGAAGAGGGCUGAUGGUGAAAUUUCAGCUUCUCGAGUUGCUGAAUUGCAAGCUCAGCUUGCCAAGAAAUCUGACAUUGCAUUGGAGCAAGCACAGGGAAACUCGGUGUUAGGGAACUAUGUUGAAAGCGAGGAAUAUAGCACCAACGAUCUAGUUGACAUGGUCAAGAGACUGGAAGCGAAUAAUGCCCGUCUUUUAGAUGAAUUGGCAAAACAAGAGCGUGAAAUCGAGAAUCUCAAUGCCCGCUUCAGCCAAGAAUCGGCGUCUCUACAGUCUGCCGUCAUGGAACUGAAAAGGAAAAACGAAUUGCUAGUGUCUCAACGCAAAGAAGAAGCCGAGUUCCGUGAUGGAAUGGAGCAGUUCUUCGCAAACUGGAUGGAACAGGGUAAGAAGUUCCUGAGAACACAACACUGGAGCGCACGAGCACGAAGGGAAAAGUUGGGUAAUGGCUCGAAUUCAGCAGAUCUCCGUCCCCUAGCAAAUUCGCCAACCAAGGCCAUUCGAGACGGGUGGUCAAAUGUCCGACUGGGUCGUGGCAAGGACUGCCGCACUCUCAUCACUGGUGAUCCUGAGAGAGGAGCCCGUGGACGCGAUAGUGGGAUUGACCUCCUUGAUGACAGUUCUCUAGACCCCGGUGCUGUCACUCGGACUCGGGAGAAAGGCGACGAAGGAGGUGAUCCUAUGGACGAACUUCUUGACGUUGAUCAGGGAGAAGAAAAUAUCCAGCAGGCUGAAUAA